CUCGGCCCGGCUCCCGCCGCUGCAGAGGGGCCGGGAGCAGGAGCCGGGACCCUGGGAGCCAAGUCCAGCCCACAGGGAUCGGAGCCGCUUGCAGCAGCAGCAGCGCCGCCCGGGCGCAGGGGCUUGCGGCGCGGGCAGCCGCCCGUGGGCGGAUGGCAGCGGCGGGGCCAUGCCCCCUCGCUCGCUCUCCGGCCGCCCGCGUCUCCAGCUGAAGGGGGCCGGCCAGCCCCGCCCGCCGCUACCGCCUCGCUCCCCCGGCUCCCGGGCAGAACCAACACUAGCAGAGAUGUAAACAAUGGCUGGUCACGCCAAAGCUUCCCUGGAGCCAGAGGGCUUUUCUCCCCCGGGCUCGCCUCAGCAAAGAGACCCGAUGGUCAGUUCCCAAGAGAUAACCAGCCAGUUCGCCAGCGCCAGCAGCAAAGAGGACUGGGAAAACCUGGAUGGGAGUGAGUUGAUUUUCACCUUGGAUAAGGACGAAGAGGAAGGAGCUGCCAAUUUGCCUGAAAAUGCAGUUCUGUAUGUGGACACCGGGCAGUGCAAACGCCAACCUGGAUCUUCAUUCCACAGGCCAUUCCCUCCAGCUCUUCCUCCGGAGCUGGGCUUCCUGACCGACAUCCCCUUCUAUCACCUGACUGGCUUCUCUCCACAGAGCUCCACUGCCCCCCCGAAGCUGCAGGGCUCCCCGGGCCCCAAGCCCCUCAUUAACUUAGUGAAGUCCCUGUCAACCGAGAUACAAGCCAAGGAGAGCUGCCCUCUCAAGCCCCAGCCCUUGCUGAACUUGGUCAAGUCCAUUUCGACGGAGAUCUCCCACCUGGAGCCCGAGGUGACGCAGUCCAAAUCCGACUCGAAGCUCAACGUGCAACUGUGGAGGCAGAUCACCCAGCCCAAGAGCAGACAUGGGGACUCCAGGACAGCACCCUCCUCCCCCAAUAUCUCCCCUUCGGAAAGCAAAGGCAGCUUCUUCAGGGCGCAGGAGGCCAAGUUUGAAGACACAAAGAGGAGGUUCUCCGAGGCCAUGCAGGAACCCCUCAGCAGGCUCAGCAAAAUCAUCGGGGAUGAGAACAGCAUCUCGGCCAAGUAUAAACUGCCCCACUCCAGCGCUUACGUCCAUGACUCCCCGUCCAGCCACAGUGGGGACUGCACUAGCGUGGACGCCAAGGCUGCUGGGCCCAGCCCCGGGAAAGCCGAGAGCGACCGGCUGGGAGAGCACGCGAGCAAAGCGAUCCAGAGGACCCAGGCGAAGGACGGCUUCCCCUUGGAGCACAAGUGGGGUCCCGCCUCGAACUGCCGGUACGAGAUCUGCUCCUGUGGAGACGUAAUCCAAGUGGUGGAAGUGGAGCAGAGCGAGAACGGCCCGGAGGAGGCGCAGCUGUGGCAGCCCCUGGACGAGCUCCUCCCAGCCCAGCCUGGCAGCCCAGUGCCAUGCAACACCCUCGCCUGCAUUGCCAUCUUGGCUUACAAUUACUUCAUCCUGCCUUUGCCCCCUUACCUCUCAGGCCUCUGCCUGGGACUGGCCUGUGGGUUUGUGCUGGGCUUCCUGGUCAUCCUGCUGUUUGUGCCAAAGCCUUCCCUGGCUCCCCGGCGGGGACAGUCCCCGCAGGACAAGCGGCGCUCGGAGCUGCUAACGAGGAAGCCACGAGAACGAGACGUCCUCAAGAGCUGGAUGAAUGAGAUGUAUUUCUACGACCCGGAGAUCUACCACCCGUCGCUCACUCACUCAGUGUUUGUGACGCUGGAAGGCACCGCCAUGAAGCUCUCCUACCCCAAGAACAAUGUCCCACGCCGAGCCGCCUUCGAAGAAGAAACCCUCGACGUGGCCUUUGUCAGCCAUCGGUACUACAACAUGAGCAAUGCCCAGGUUUUUCUCUUCCCACCGGGCCUGGCCCGAAAAAGGAUGUGGAACAAGAAAUAUCCCAUCUGCAUUCUGUUCCCAGACCAAGAGGACCAGAAUUUCAGAAGCUCAAAUGAGCAUGACACGGACCUCCCAAGAGAUGAAAGCCUGAAAAUGACUCGGACACCAGGCCAGGACGUCCCCCUGAAGCCUCCAGGGGACCUCCGGGAAAGGACCCUCUACCUCUUUGGAAGAACAGGAAGGGACAAAGAAGAGUGGUUCCAACAUCUUAUGACAGCCUCCCAACGGGACUGUCACGAGGUGCAGAGUGCCAGCUGGGGCGAAGGCAAAUUCGGUUUCGGUCCGAACCAGCUCUCCAGCCCUUCAGGAAAGGGCAUCUGCAGCAGUGGCAACAGCUGGGGAAGCACAGAAGACGUCCCUUCGUUGUUCAGACCCAAGGAUCUAGCUGGGACCCUCCGGGAGAAGAUUCUUCUAGAUUACAGUACUUACAUGUCCCAGUUAGUCCAGCCAGAAACAGGCACCAGCCACCUCCAGAGCCCUUGUCACAGCGCCAUGGGCAGCCCAACCCCCCAAGAGUUCCUCAGGGACAUGAAUGGCAGCAGUGAACUGUCCAUGGCUUGGAUGAAUGCACUGGUUGGGCGAAUCUUCUGGGACUUCCUGAGGGAGAAAUAUUGGAUGGACCAAGUGUCAAACAAGAUCCAGAAGAAGUUAAGCAAAAUCAAGCUCCCGUACUUUAUGAAUGAGCUCACACUCACCGAGCUGGACAUGGGGACAUCCAUCCCCCUCGUUCUCAGUGCCUCCAGUCCGAUCAUCGAUAACCGAGGGCUUUGGGUGGACGUGGAAGUCAUCUACAACGGCUCCCUACAGAUGACACUGGAGACGAAGAUGAACUUGUGCAAGCUGGGGAAAGAGGCAUUGGCGGAGGAGAGUGGGCAGACGGCUGCUGGUGGGGAAGGGGCGAAGCCUCGGGUGAUCCUGCUGGCAGACAGCGAUGCAGAGUCCUCCAGCGCCGGCUCCUCCGACGAGGAAGACGUCCUUGCAGCAGAGCCUUCUGGAGCCCUGGGAGAGAGGAUCGUCCCCCCUCCUGCUGAAGGCCAUGGGGGCGGCAACAGCACUAGCCGCAAGAUCCUGCGCUUCGUGGAUAAGAUCGCCAAGUCCAAGUACUUCCAGAAGGCCGCUGAAAACGAGUUCAUCAAGAAGAAGAUCGAGGAGGUGUCCAACACGCCGCUGCUGCUGACUGUGGAGGUCCAGGAGCUGGCUGGGACCCUGGCUGUGAACAUUCCUCCACCCCCGACAGACCGAAUCUGGUACAGCUUCCGAAUCCCUCCCCAGCUGGAGCUGAAAGUCCACCCGAAGUUGGGCGAGCGGGAAGUCACCUUCAUCCAUGUCACGGAAUGGAUUGAGAGAAAGCUGCAGCAUGAAUUCCAGAAAAUUUUAGUGAUGCCAAACAUGGAUGAUCUCAUCAUUCCCAUCAUGCACUCCGGCUUGGAACCCCAGCCCUCCAUGGAGGGGCCGUUCAAGGACCUUCCAGCGGAUAGCCAGAAGCGGCUCUGAAGAGUGACCCACUGGCUGGGUCAAGACACUUGGCAGAACUCUGGAGGAUUUGCUGAGAUGCCCAGCUAACCUGGGCCUGGCCACUGGUCGCCACACAGGAGCCAAGAUGCUGAUCUGAAGUCUCCGAGUUCAUCUCUCCAUCUUGUCUUCAGCAUCCCCCAGCUCAGCAAAGGAGCCUCUUCUUCAAAUGUGAUGCAGAACAUUAAGGACAGAAACAUACACCCCCAGGGGAGGAGCAAGUUGGAGUCACCCAAGCAUACAAAACUCCAGGUGGCUCAUCCAUCACCACCAGGUUCCUCUGGAUUAAUACAACUCCCUUGUGGCCAGAUGGGCAUUUUCUGUGCCAGCCGGGGCAGGAACUUGCUCAGCACUGUCUGCUUUACAAAGGGGGGUGCAAGAAACCCGGGGUGGGAGGGGGUUGCCUGAAGUCCAAGGAGUGUUAAUCAGACGUUGCGAUCAGAAAUGGCCCAAGCUUAUUGCAUCAGCACUGGACACCCUUUAAAUGGGCAGCCGGGUCUGCCAGGAAAACUGCAGGCAGGAAAUGAACUGAAACACAGACGAAACACCCAUAACCCUCAUUGCCCCUACAAGUGUUUUAUUGUACUCUGAGUCUCACCACCACCCAGAAGGCUGAAUGGAAUUGUGGGUAUCCCUACGGCAUCCACACAGAUUAGACACAUAACAGUGAGGUUACCUGGCUCUGACAGCCCCAGCCCUGGGGAAGGGAGGACCAUGUGCCCAUCAGCCUGGGGUAGAGCACAUAGGAGGUACAGGCAGGGAUGCAGAACCCUGCUCCUGGCCAGCCAAUGGCUGUCGCAGGGGUUUAGUUGAAGGGGGAGACUGGGGAAAGCAGCCAUUGAUGGUAACCAGGCAGUACUGGUGCAGGGAGGGGCUGAAAUAGUCACAUGUCAAAAUCCACUGAGUGUUUCAGCAGGUGAAGUUGGGGCAGAGGGUAGGGAUGUGGGGGUGAACCUCCCAAUACCUAAGGGGGGGGGGGGGAGCGCUCAGUACGUGAGGGAAGGGAGUGGAGGGGAAGUCCUAUGAGCCCCAGAGAGAGAGAGAGCGGUUUGUAGACAAAAAGGGAGGCAGCAUUGUCAGCUGCCCGGGUCCAGCCCUUCCUCAGCUAAUGCCCUUCACCCAGGCAGUGUACCCUGCACCGGGGAACGCAGGAGGCUGUGGGAAUGCCUGGGCACGAGGCCCUGUGCAGGUCAGGGCUCGUGGCAGCACCUCUAAUGGGUCAAAAGCAGGGGAGGAGACAGCAACAGCCCUCUUCUCCCACCCCUGGCCUGGGGGAGCCCCAAAAUGGAGGGCUGGAGCGAGCCAGCCGGCAGAGGAGGCGGGGAUCGGGAAGCCGGUGGAGCAGAGGUCGGAGGGGGAUCGAGUGGUGUCUGUCAAGCUUUGCAGGGCACCAGCCAUGUGACAGCACUGCCAGGCAUUAAGGGAUUAACUCUCCAGCUGGCACAGCUUCCCUGGCCUGCCCUUGUCCUCACUGACGCUCACAGACAUUGCGCCCCGAUUCCCUUCUGCCCCCGGAGUGACCCCUGAUGGGGCCAUUAGCAGGAGAAACCUGGGCUCCCUUGGUAUUGAGCCCCUCUGCACGAGGCCUGUGCCCCACUGAAGCUGGCCCCCUCUGCCUUGCAGUGAACAAGACAGAGAGAAGUAGUCUCCUACCGGCAUUUUAGUUUGCUCUGGGCUUCCUCGCUGUGGCGCGUUUCAGGAGAGACGCAUCUCAGCCGCCAGCAAUGCCACAAGCAUCUGAAAACACCAAGAGGACCAGCCCUGUACGGGACAAGGAUGAAAGGCGCCCAUCUGGACUACAGCAUGAGGUACGAAGUGGGACCAUUUGAUCCUCCAUGCAAUAAAAGUAAUAGAUUCUGUCAAGUAACAUCAUGGCACCCUGUUAAAACAAGGGGCUUUGCAGACUGGGUGGAUGUGUAAGAGAAGAGCCCAACUUAAGCAAUAAAGUUUGCAUUCAUCCACCAGG